UCAAAGGGCGGGCGAAGCAAGGAGGAAAGGCGGGCACCCUUGUUCAGUGGAAAUUCAGAAGGAGGGGAGCUUCUUCAAAUGCUGUUCCGCCAUCUGGACGGAGGCAGGCUGGAGGCAAAUCUCGUUUAAACCGCGAUUUCGUUUGGUAGUGAAGCAAAGGCUGACCAAUAACAGCUUUCCUCAUAAAUGGCGCUUAUAUGCGCCUCAAGAGUGAUUCCCGCAGGCUUCUAGUAUUGGAAGCCUGGAAUCGUGUUGGGUUUGGUUUACCACAAUCUUGAUAAUAAUAACUACAACAGAGUUGGAAGGGACCUUGGAGGUCUUCUAGUCCAACCCCCUGCCUAGGCAGGAAACCCUACACCACUUCAGACAAAUGGUUAUCCAAUAUGUUCUUAAAAAUUUCCAGUGUUGGAGCAUUCACAACUUCUGCAGGAUUUCCUCAGACUUUUGCCAGCUAUCUGGAUGAAUCAAACAUUCCUAAAAAUGAGAGGCUGGCACUAUGUUUCAGUCAGUGGACAGAACUCUUUGAACAAUCUCAGAUUUCCAGUGCAUUUUUGGAUUUUUGUAACUCUAUGUUUGACAGCCUGCAGAUAGAUGAGGAAAAUAAUCAGGAAUUGUAUAAAAGAUUUUUAUUUCACUACUCUAGAGCUCAAGACCCAACAUAUCCACUUAAAACUGGGUCAUUCCCUCUACAUCCUUUAAUGAGCCUUGCUCCAAAACUCUCGGACAGAAGAAAGAAAAGAUUCCUUAAUCCGGAAUUGCAGAUUGCUGCAGCAGAAUUCAUGAAAAAGGAUGGUUUGGAUGAUUUAGGACGAUCCUUUUUUCUUUUCAGGGUAUUAAUUUUUCUAUUUCCUUCCUAGAAAUGGAAGAACUGUUGAUACAGAUGACAAAUAGGCCACUAGAAGAAGAUAUAUCCAUGUUUGGCUGACGUGCUCCAUUACUUUCUACUAUGAAAACAGAUGUAUGUCUAUGAAUAUUAAGAGAGAUUGUUCUGUGUCAUGUGAAGUCACAUACAAUAAAAUUGCAGCUAUAUAUUUUGUUUGAAAAAUGUGUGUGAGUACUCAAAGACAAUAUUUUCAGCUUCUCUUCAUUUCCAAAUUAAUUAUAAAGAUUUGCAUAUGACCUAUUCAACAAAUUACUCAGAACUAAACAUCAAGUUUACAGUUGGUUAACCCAAAUAAUAUGAAAUUUAGAAGAUAAAAGUGAAUAAAAGCGGAUAUUCGCUGUGUUACAAUCCAAUUUAUCAUGCUUGUUCCAUUUUAAGUUCUAAUUCAAUGGCAAAAGCUAUCACAUUAAAGUAAUGAGAUUGCUUAAAAGGAAAUUUGCAUUCUUUGAAGACAUUAAUUUAGAUUGCACAAAAUUGCUAUUGAAUGCAAAAUAAUUACAUAGUUUCUCUUUAAUGCAGUCUGGAGAUACAUACAAGGUGCUUCAGAGCAGAUGGGCAUGCAAACCUCCUAAUUAUAUAGGUUAGACUUAUUUGGCUAGAGGUAAAGCUCUUUCUCUUCUCCUGAGGAAACAGAUUACUCUAAAAAGAAAUAAAGAAAAUCAAGCAUUUAGGGACAUACAGCUAGAUAAAUCAGGGAAAGAUAAAAGCCUGAAAAAUUACAAACAUACAGUGCUUAGGCUUUAGCUGGAAGAGACCUUGGAGGUCGUCUAGUCCAGUCCCCUGCUCAAGCAGGAGAACCUAUACCAUUUCAGAUAAGUGACUGUCUAGAUCAGGGGUGUCAAACUCGCAGCCUGCAGGCAUCAUGCACUGGCCUCGCCAAUCCCGUUUAGCAAAGGGAGAAAAAGUCAACUGAUGAUAACAUAACGACACGAGUUUGACUCUGAAGAGCCUGGUCUAGACUCUUCUUAAAAACAUCCAGUGAUGGAGUGCACACGAUUUCUGGAGGCAAGCUAUUCCACUGGUUAAUUGUC